CUUGGUUUCCCUUCAUUUCCCGCGCAUAGCGUCUUUCUAUACCAGUCCCGGAUCAGGCUGCGGUCGGGAAACUACAUCUUGCCCAAAAUUUAGCUAGUCAGGCAGCUCCCUCCCCCUAUGGCCUCCUUUGCAGCUUCAGUAGUCCGAAAUUCGGUAUUCCGGACACCUUCUUCCGCUUUCCGACGUGUAUCCUCUCGAACCCUCACCACUCGUGCAACGUCCUAUACACUCAAUACCGGUGCAAAGAUCCCGGCGCUGGGAUUCGGGACAUUCCAGGACCCUGAUUCUCAAGAAGAGACCGUCAGCCGAGCGUUGAAAAAGGGCAUGCGCCUUAUCGACACAGCUCGGGUAUAUGAUGUUGAAGAGCAGGUUGGACGAGGAAUCAAAAAGAGCGGCAUUCCUCGUGAGGACAUCUUUCUCGGCACCAAGUUGUGGUGCAGCGACUAUCAUCCUGAGGAUGUCGAGCGCGCCGUGGACGACUCCCUGCGUGAUUUGGAUACCCCAUACGUUGACCUUCUACUAAUGCACUACCCCUGUACCUUUAAGCGAGGACCUGAUCGAUUCCCUCGGGAUGCCGAGGGGAGAAUAGUCCACGGCGAGACAACAUUUGUCGACACGUGGAAAGCAAUGGAAAAAGUAACCCGGACGGGCAAGGUGAAGGCAAUUGGCGUUUCGAAUUUCAGCAUGGGUGAAAUCAAGACGUUGCUUGACGAGGCUUCUACAGUCCCAGCCGUUCAUCAGAUGGAGGUCCAUCCCUAUCUACAACAGAAGGAAUUCAACCAAUGGCUGCAGAAUUUGGGGAUUCACGUCGUCCAGUUCAGCCCACUCGGUAAUAUGAAUGACUUCUACCGACAGACUGGGUGGUCUAAGGAGAUUUCACACAUGAUGCGGGUGAUCGAUCAGCCCGUCUUGAAGGAGAUUGGGGAGAAAUACAACAAGAGCCCGGUUCAGGUUGUACUUGCGUGGGGUAUCAAUAGUGGUCGUUCUGUUAUCCCUAAGAGCGUUGUCGACUGGCAGAUUGAGCAGAACUUAGAGGCCGAUUUUGAGCUGCAGACCGAAAAUAUGGCCAGGAUUGCGACCUUGGAUGCUAAGGCUCGAUUCAAUGAUCCUAGCUUGGACUACGAAUGGCGUUUGUACAGUGAUCUGGAAGGUAUUGAUGGCACGAUGAGAGGGAAGACUCAUUAG